UUUUCCUCUCAGAUCCUGGGCUGCUGCUGGGAGGCAGUCGGACGACAUUAAGUAGACGUUGCCUUUAAGAGGUCCGGUCCUUCCCUUUAAGUGAAGAUGGCGGCGGAGGAGCGCGGCCCAGAGCCCAGAGCGGCCGGAGGAGCCUGUAGCCGGCCCCGGGCCUAGGCCAGCACCCCGGCCGGAGGAGCCUGCAGCCGGCGCCGGGCCUAGGCCAGCUUCCCGGCCGGAGGAGCCUGCAGCCGGGUCCAGGCCUAGGCCAGGCCCAGGACAGCACCCCGGCCGGCUGGCCGGGCUCCGGGCUCCAGGCUCGGCAGCAUGUUCAGUAAAUACUUCCUGAUGGGGCUCCGCAGCUUCGUGUGGCUGGCGGUGAAGGUGUGGAGUGUGUGUGUGGAGGCGGCCCGGAGACAAGUGCGGUCGAUCAUCCAGUACCAGACAGUUCGCUAUGACAUUCUGCCUCUAUCUCCUCUUUCCCGCAUCAGAAUAAAUCAAAUGAAAAGGAAAAUCUUAGUUUUAGAUUUAGAUGAAACAUUAAUCCACUCGCAUCAUGAUGGCGUGUUAAAACCAACAGUGAGGCCGGGCACACCACCAGACUUCAUGCUAAAGGUACUUGUCGACCGACAUCCAAUCAGAUUUUUUGUACAUAAAAGGCCUCAUGUGGACUUCUUUCUAGAAGUGGCCAGCCAGUGGUACGAGUUGGUGAUUUUCACCGCUAGUAUGGAGAUCUAUGGUGCAGCUGUAGCAGACAAACUAGACAACAACAAGAAAAUAUUAAACCGACGAUACUACAGACAGCACUGCACACUUGAAUUGGGCAGCUAUGUAAAAGACCUUGCAGCCAUUCACAGUGACCUCUCCAGUAUUGUAAUAUUAGAUAAUUCACCCAGUGCAUACAGAGGGCACCCAGAUAAUGCUAUUCCGAUAAAGUCUUGGUUCAGUGAUCCUGGGGACACAGCAUUAUUAAACCUGUUACCUAUGCUUGAUGCAUUAAGGUUUACAUCGGAUGUUCGGUCUGUCCUCAGUCGGAAUCUCCACCAACAUAGACUAUGGUGACAUUGCAUUAGGUUUUUCUGGUGUGCCCUUGUUGACAGCUCAUGCCGUCUCCUCCUGUGCUUUGAACAUUGUAAAACCUGCACUCCAGGGAGGGGUUCUGAGUAUGCAUGAAGUGACAUAAGCUCAGUGGAUAGUCAAGACCUGUUUACUUCUGCGUGGACAGAUAUAUAUGUGAAUGUUAUACACGUUCAAAUCAGUGCUGAAAUGGUGCAUCGUCCAAUGCAUUUUAAUAUAUCUUUUUGUUUAUAAAAUGGUAUUUUUGAGCUAAACUUCACUCAGUUGUCUGAGUUGGAGUUUUUCUUUUGAAAUGUUCUGCCUUUUAAUGUUUGAUUAUGUAAAACAAAAGACAAGACCCAUGAGAAUUAAUUUAUCAGCCUAAAGCUAAGAAGGUAACCAGGCUACUUCCCAUUGAAAGGGAAAUUAGCUUUUUUUAUCUGCUCCGUCCUUUUACGUGAUGACAAGUUUUCACCCAGCUGUUUGACCAGGAGAAGCAAUCCCAAGUCUGAGCCUGUCAAUGGUGCUAAACCACAAAUAUAGAACAAGGCUUUGUUUGGGCCUAGAUUUUUUUUUAAAGCUCCUCCCUAAUGUGAAUAGUUCUGUCAAUUCAGCUUUUAUCAAACAGUAUUAAUAAUUGCAUAUCAAAUGAAGAAUAAAACCUGAUUUCUAGUACAAUAAUGGAUGAUUUGUAUCAUGACUUCAUUUAUGGCCUGAAACGGUGCAGCUUAACUAUAAUUGUAACCAUCAGUCUUGCCUGAAAUCUAUUUUUCCUAAUCAAUGACUGACUGGUACUUUCAGUUGAAAUCCUAUUAAUCUCCACCAGGAUUUCUCCAAUUACCUUGCAUUUUGUUUGACCAUGUGUCUCGUCCACCUCCUUUCUCUUCUUUUUCCAGACCUGUCUUGUUGACUCAGUAGGUACAAGGAUCAAUGUGCCAUAAUACUGAACCAUGCAGACGAGAAGGUUUAUGGCAGUACUACAAUUAGCUUUGCCCCUCUGAUCUAUGGAGGGGGAAAAUGAGCACUGUUCCUGCUCUUAACCCCUGUGAAGGGACUGCUGCUGUAAAUUCCGUUAUUUAAGAUAGAGGUGAAUUUAUAAGAUAGAGCUAACAAGGGAAAGUAGGAUGUGUUAACUGUCCACAGCAGAAUGGUCUGCUGGCAUUGUCACUCUGCUCACACGCACGCUGGGAGUUUCCGGCCCCAUCCUUCACCGGAAUGUUCCAGUCCCGCCAAAAGUCAAUGGACUUUUCGCUAGCCCGGCGUAUGCCUUACAGGGGGAGGGGCCCACCAUGGUGGGACUGAAAAAUCCCAGCCAUAAAGUAUGACCAGGGAGGGAAUCUUUUAAUUUAAAUGUAAAUUUCCUGAGAGAAUUGCUUUGUUAACAUCCAUUUAACUGGCAUCAAGCUACUUAAAAAAUGAAAGACUUGCACUGCAAUUACAUUGUAAGGCCUUUUGCUGCACAAGCGUAAAUAUACGGUUGGUCAUGCUCCCUCUAUAAACCAGCAAAACUGUAGGAUCAAGUUUGACCCUAGUGCUUGAGCCCGUGGUGCUAUUAAAAGAACAGCCUGUUCUCCUGAUGUUCUGGUUUACAUCCUUUCCCAACAAACAGUGCCAAAAACAGAUCAAACUAAUAAUUCACCUCAAUGCUGUUUGUGGGACUUUGUGAUGUGUAAAAUGGCUGCCACAUUCGCCUACAUAACAGUAACUGUGCUUCCAAGAAAUGUAUUAGGUGGGAAGCACUUUGAGAUAACUGGAUAAAUGUGAGAGAGCAGAAUGUAAAUGCAAGUCUUUUCUUCCAUAUGUUUUCUUGAAUGAUGCCAGGAUUUUGGAGAACUCUGCAUUAGUUGGGUCAGAACAUUUUGCUACUUUUAACAGGAAAAUUGGAAUGGAUAUAUGUUGUGAGGAACUGGAAGGACCUUUGGGUCAAUUAGAGAACACUAACAGCUGAAGACUAAAAUAGGUAACAUUUCUUUUGCAGUCUGGCCAUUUAUAAAUUUGGAUAUGUUACAGAUGCAUGGAAUUUAUGGUGCCUGUGCUGAUUAUGCACUCCAUUUUGAUGGCAUUAGACGAAAAGCCUGUCUCUAGUUCCAAGCAAUUCAUUAUGUUCUGUUAUGGUAGGUUGGCCUCAACAACGCUGAGAUUACAUGGUCUAUAUGGAACCAUUGCAAUGCAUAGACUGGUUUAAAGGGGUUUGACCCUUCAUUGGUCAUUAGUUGGUGCUGCAGUUUGUGCCAUGACCUACUGGGAUAUGAUUUUUUUUGCCUGCAAUGUCAUGAAAGUGUGAUACUUGCAGCAAGGAGAGAGACUCAUUCUGGACUUUUUUUGCACACUUGUCUUAAGGAACACUGGUAUGAUGCAGAUUAGGAGAGAACUAGGUAAUUAAUUCAAGUGAUGUAGGUUAUUUGCAUUCUCUAGAUCCAGAGAUUAGGUUGGUAAUGAUUAUCAGAUCCUUCCUUGGGUUAGUACCCUUGGAUAAACUGUCGCCUGAAGUCUUUGAUUACACAGCCAUCAUACAUGGAGUGGCUGUCAGAGCACCUGCUACCAACAGAAUGAAAUUGUCUUCUUCAACCCCAGAGUAUGUAUUUAACAAUAUCAUGGUGGCUAAUUUCAUAGUUGGCCUGGUUUCUUUUUUCAGUCUGAGAAUGAGCUGAAAUUUGUACUUUUGCACCCCUUCACCUAGCCAAAAAAGCAUUAUCAAUAACAUUCAUGACUUAAAUUUCUUGUAUAUGAAGUCUUUCAGUAGAAGUUUGGCAUAUUAAUUAGGAUAUUUAAAUGUAGAGUGAAACCACUUUUUUAGCAGAUUUUCUGCCAGGAUAUGGCUUAUACGUAAAGGUACAUAGUUCUUUAGCCGUAUUAUUGCCUAUACUUUGUAGCCUCAAUUUUAAACCCCCUGAAACCUUCCUAGUGAAAACCAGGCUUCGGAUGGGAAGUACCAGAGAUGGCGGGGGAGGAGCGAUGCAGGGGGUUAAAAUGGAAUCUGGAAGUAACCUCUCACUGUUUUAUCAGCCAGGUUGCUGCUUCCCACCAACUUUGUGGCUGCUUUGAUCAGUAAUAUGAGGCUUGGUCAUUUAAAAUCAACCAAGCCUGUCCCAGAUGGGCCUGAGAUACUGCAUUCCUGCUCAUGAGUUAAAAGGGAGCCCUAGAUCUUAAUAACAUUAAUGAAGUUUUAAUCAUAUUAAUAACACUAAUUUAGGAAAAAGGCAAAAAGUGUUUUGUCAGUUCGUACCACAAGUACAUUGUCCUAAACAGGAGGGCUAGAUAAAACAAAGAGGAACUUGCUUUUGCAGAUUACCUGCUUGUACUGUUUAUGUGAAUUAGUGCUGAAAGACCUCUUGCCAGAAUCCAAUUGUCAAGUCUGUAUUUUUAAUUAGUUACAUUGAUUUUUGUGCUGGAUUCUUGAACAGUCAAACAGCACUAAUUGCUAUUUUUGACAGCUGACUGGCGAAAGCCUCAGUGUGUUGCUCAGCCAUUCAUGCAUGAUGUGCACCAUUCCAUGUUGUCUUGGCCCAAAACCGACAUUCUGAGCAAUGUAUGCUCAGCAGUUUCUAGUGCCGGUGAGUGUUAAUUCUGUUAACCAGUGCUGGUGAUGUUAGCCGUGCUUCAUUGCACCAGUUUGAGCAACACUGAACUAUAAAUUACUUAGGAUGGCUGAAAAUUCUUGUCACCUUCUGUAAUUGAGUAUUUAUAAUUUAGAAGAGUAUAGAUGUAACAUUAACCUGUGUAUUCAUACAUUGAAGAACAUUCCUGAGAUUUUACACAGUUUGCUGGACCGUCAUUUUGAUUUGCUUACUGAGCGCUGCUUCACCAUUAAAAAAACAGCUUUGGAUUAUUGGUGUACACCAUGUUGGAAGAUGGCCUAAAGGAGCUUUGUGGAAUUGCCAUCUUCUAAUAUGUUGAUCAUUGGAAGAACCUGCCCAAAUCAAAGUUUUGACUUCCAUCCCUGUAAUUCACCAAUAUGGAAGUCAUCUCUUAAUUCUUGUUCCUUUUGCAAUUGGAUUUCUGUAGCUAGCUGGUUUAUUCUUUUGUAGGGUGCUUUAGUGUGAGAAACUGGUAACCCUGAAAAGAGGGGGUUGGUUAGCUCAGUUGGCUGGAUGGCUGGUUUGUGAUGCAGAGUGACGCUAACAGUGCGGGUUCAAUUCCUAUACCAGCUGAGGUUAAGAUUUCUCAACCUUACCCCUUGCCUGAGGUGUGGUCACCCUCAGGAUAAACCCACCACCGGUUGUGUCUGUCUAAUGAGAGAGCAGUCCAUGGUCCUCUGGGACUACAGUGAUUUUCGUUCAUUAUUUUCAUUCACCUCUGAAAAAAUCCAGUAAAAUGCAUAAGCAAUUUUAGUUGCAAGUUGAAAUUCAUUUAAAUGCGACUGGGGUUCUUGGUGAUCUUCCUAGUCUGCCCCACUCUGGGUCUUUUUCUUCUGGGCGAUUUAGUAGGUAAGUGCAUUUCUCAUGGAACUGGUUCAAUCCUUAGUCUGCCUCUAGUUAGCCGAUCUUCACCAGAACUGCUGAGAUUAAUGUCAACAGCGCUAGUACAGGAUCUUGAUUGUUACCUAGUGACCUUUUCUGGAAAGUGCAUGUGUGGAUGUUGUGGGAAAAUAGGAUUGCAGUUUGCAAUGUUGCUCCUGAAACACUUGACUCAGGUACAAGUUGGCUGCUGUCACCUUUAAAAUCUAGCCCCUAGCCCCAAUAUGAGUUGGUACCUUUGAGAGGAAAGGUGGGAGGUGGAAGCUCAACUGCCAAUGUUUUGGUAAGUGGGCUGGUAUUCCCUUGCUGGCGCUGGCUAGCCAAUAUAAAAUAGGCUAUCGUUAAAAUCACUGAUUCAUAUUUUUCUUGGAAAAAUCGAUGGACUUGUGGAAGGUGUUCCCCAAUACACCUGUAUUUAAAAACAAAAAUUUAAUCCGAUUUAGUAACAUAACGUGACUGUCGGUCUAAACAAGUAACUUUGCAGUUUCAAUUGACAGUCAAUUUAUUUUUCUAUUGGGUUUACACUUUACAGUUUGUUUUUUGUUUACAGAUGUUUGCGGAAUAAAGUUGUAAAAGUGAUUAAACUGUUUCUAUCUUCAAAGUCUGACUUACAAAUUUGGACAUGUUUCAGUGACAUUUAUACUUUUUAAUCCAUUUUUUAAAAAAAACAAAGAGCAAACCCAUUGACACCAAUUCUUCCUGUAUCCUCCUCCUCCUCCCAUCAUACUGUCCAGCUGAUCUGUUCUCUUGAUUUUCCCCGCUUGGAAAGCAAGCCCAAUAUUUUCCCUUAUGUGUAAAGAAGUUUCUCCUAAUGUUUUGGUACACUAGUUCUAUUCUCCUUCCUUAAUCUGAAGUCAUGUUCUAUUGCCUCAACCCAAAGAACCCUGCACCUCUUUUCCUCUGCAGUGGUAUAGCUGAGGUUUGUGUCCUGUUGACCAAUGGAGGGGAACCAAAAAAAAUACUGAAAAAUGAUAUAAUUAUUGCAUAAUAUGAACCAGGAUGUUGGGACGAUUCCAUCUUUCAGUAAGAAUCUCCUCAUUGGUUGUCUGCCACCUGGCUGUGGAUAGUGUAUGUCAUGCUGUCGCAACUCACUAAUUGCCUGCUGAUUCGACCCCCUUACAGUGAUCCGUUGAAUACCAGUUUUGGCAUAAAAUUAUCUAUAACAGGACAUGAAAACUUUUGUUAAGGAAGCAAACACUGAAAACACUGCAAGUGGAUAGUAGGUCAAUCAAUUAACCUUUGAACAUGAAAGUGGGCUGAGGCUUUAGGUGGGACCCUUUUUCAGAACUGAUGGGUUCAGGUGAAUGGCCUCACCUAGAAUGUUGACCUAGAUCGAAAACUGCUUGAGUUGCUGUGAAAGUCCAAAACAUUUUGCUCCUUUUUUUACAGAUUUCCUAUUGUUUCCUUUUUGUGUCUCCAUAGUGAGUCACGAUGAACUUGUUUCCUUUGAAAAUACUGGAAGGGAUCAGUAGUUGAUGCACAUGUUCAGCCCGUCAUGACUUGUCCAAAGUUGUACCACCCUUAUCCUGUGUCUCAUAACUCCUGUCCAUCAAAUCUUCAUUGCAUCCCCGUACCUCCAAAGUGAUUUCAAAAUCCUUUUCUCCAUUUGAAUCUCCGCAUGGCUUUGUUCCUUCCCGCCUCUUCAAUUCGGUACUAUUGUAUGUUAUUCUGAUAGGCUUCCUUUGUAUCACCCUCUCCCUCCUUUCCACCAUCACCAACAGAUGCUUCAGCUGGCCCUGCCCUACUUUGCAAUGUUCUCCCUAAAGCUCUCUGCUUUGACACCUCCAGCUUUCUUACAGUCUACCUCUUAUCCCUAACCUUUCCCCCUCUGCUCUGCUUGUAUCCAGUCUCGCUUUGCUUUCUGAAGAGUUUUGAGAUGUUUUAUGUUGAAUGUUGCUGUAAAAGUGCAAGUUGUAAAUGAUCUAUUUUACUGGAACUCUUUUGUUUAUGGGCAAGUUUAAUCUGUCACGCCCCAGCAAACUGAAAACCAUACUGGGUGAAAUGAAUUGGGAAUUCCGUCCAGUUAUAACUCAACUGGACAACAUAGCACAGAUCAACUUCUUCAAAUUUAGCAAUCUUGUUGAUAGACCAGAGCAGAAAGGUGUAUGCACAUCACUAAUGAUUUACAGUAAUGGGUGUAUCGGCUUAUUUGCCCUUUUUUCCUGUAUGGUACCAGUACCAAUGUGUUCAAUCCUAAUGGUUAAAUCCACACAAGCAAAAGCCUCAAUUGUGGUCUGAAGUCUUUUUGCUUCACAUGAGAACACGUUCCCCUGUAGUUCACAUACUAUUUAUAUUGAGAUAGUCUUGAAGUUAGAGAAAUUUUUGUAUCACUUUACUUGCAGAGAUCAGAGUGAAAUAUUUUUGUAUGUUUAAAAAUGACCUAAUCAUGCUGGUAGCUAUUAUAAGUCAUUGGCAGGAUAUUAAUGCCCUUGGCAGGAUAUUAAUGCCCUUGUUAUAAUUUGAUGAAAAGGUGAGGCAGUGUGUUUUUUAAAUGAUGUAUUUUGAAAUUUAUUUACAAAUGUCAAAACCCAAAUAUACUUGGACCUUCUGGAAAAUAAUAAACUAAAAAAAAUGAUAA